AUGAAGUUAUCUUCAGCUCUGGCUUUCGUGCUGGUUCUCCCACUCACCUGGGCUCAGGUUCCUCACUGGGGUCCGUGUCCAGAACCGUCUGUUCAACCUGCGUUCAACCUCAAGCUGUUCAUGGGCAGGUGGUUUGAAAUUGCCAAACUGCCGGCCCAGUUUGAGAAGGGCCGAUGCAUCGAGACCAACUUCACCAUGAGGACGGACAAGUCCAUCCGAGUGGUCAGCUCUGAAAUACUAAAAGGAGAGCUGAGGAAAAUCGAAGGCAACGGAGUCAUAGAAGACAUUAAGAAUCCGGCCAAGCUGGGGAUAAGUUAUUCCUAUGUCCUGCCCUACUCCCCGUAUUGGAUCCUGUCCACGGACUACACCACCACGGCUCUGGUGUAUUCCUGCACAGACAUCCUCAGGCUCUUCCACGUGGACUUUGCCUGGAUCCUGAGCCGAACACGAACCCUACCCGACGCCACCGUGGAGAAGGCCAAGGAGACCUUCGGCAACAACAACAUCGACGUGAGCAGGAUGAUUGCCAGCAAGCAGCAGGGCUGUGACAAAACCCUGUGA